AUGAAUGGUAGUUGGCUAGUAGUGACACCACCCCCGAAAACGCGUCCAGUAUUGGCUAGUAGUGACACCACCCCCGAAAACGCGUCCAGUAGUGACACCACUCUAUUACUUAGUUUAAUUUUAACAGCUCUUAGAGCUUACCGGAGGAAUGUGUUAAUACAUAACGGUAGAGGAAGGUGUGUUUUUAGAGAAUCAUUACUUACCGAAGCAGCAUAG